GCUUCUUUUUCUCUGCGCACGUGUCGCACUUCAUCCACUAAGCCGCACACCACACGACACACACUCUCCCUCUCCCCCCACCCCUCUCUCCCUCUACCUCUACACACACACACACACACACACACACACACACACACACACACACGCCAUGGGACGCAAGCGCUAUGACGAUCCCAGCCAGGUUCGUGGCCCCGGGAGGAAGUCUCGUAAGCAAAAGGACCCAGCCCCUCUUCCAGGCACAGAAGAGAAGAAGCCAAGGAAUCCAAGGCGUCUCCGCAAGCAGCUGAAGAAGAAGGCAAUGGUUGAAGCCAUGAAGGAAGAAGCACGCCAGGCGCAACUCGAGGCAAAGGCGCAGAAGCAGAAGCAGAAGAAGCAGCAGCAGGAGGUGGCGGACGAGUUUGACGCAGACAUGGAUACCGCCGCCCACGAGGCAGACUUCUUCGGCGACUCUGACGCCGAGGAAGUGCCGGCCAUGCCCAAGUCAAAGCAUUUUAGUGACGAGAACAGGUCAUGGCUCAAGCCCAAGGACGCCCCGUCCGACAUUGAGGAGGAAAGCGACGAUGCGGCCGGCGAACAAGAAGAGAGCGAUGAGGAGGCAGACGAUGAUGACAUGGAGAACGGUGCCGGCGAUGCAGGCGACUUCUUUGCCAACAGCGACGACGAGAACGACUUUGGCGACAUGCUUGAGGACGACGACGAAGAGGGCGAGGACGAGGAUGAGGAUGAGGAUGAUGAUAUGGGCGGCAGCGAUGUGGAGGUCAUGGGCCUUGAUGACUUUGAACGCCAGGCCGAGGAAAUUGACGCACAAGAGGCUGAAGACGAGCGAUUGGCCGAGGAGGAGAUGAUGACCAACGUUGACAAAUCGGAUAAGUUUGCGUUGCCGAGCCUUGACGAGAUUGAGUCGAUGAACAACAUCACAGAGGAUCUCAUGGUCAUCCAGAUGCGCAUCAAGGAGAAUAUGAACACCCUCCAAGACUUUAAGACGAUGCGUGACCCGGCGCGGUCGCGUUCAGAGUACACGACGCUGCUGAAGAAGGACCUGUGCACCUACUACGGCUACAACGAGUGCAUGAUGCAGCGCCUGAUGGAUCUCUUCCCGCUCAACGAGCUUGUUGACGCGUUGGAGGCUAACGAAGUGCGCCGCCCCGUGACGAUCCGCACCAACACGCUGCGCACCCGGCAGCGCGACCUCAUGCAGGCACUCUCCAACCGUGGCGUCUCGCUCGACUCUGUCGGCAACUGGUCCAAGGUCGGCCUCGUCGUCUUCGAGUCAAACGUGCCCAUCGGCGCCACCCCAGAGUAUCUGUGUGGCCACUACAUUAUCCAGAGCGCGUCGUCGUUCCUGCCUGUGAUGGCGCUGGCACCGCAGCCCAACGAGCGCGUGCUGGACAUGGCGGCAGCCCCCGGUGGCAAGACGACGUACAUUGCCGCCCUCAUGAAGAACACGGGCGUCCUCUUUGCAAACGAUGCAAACAAGGCGCGCAUCAAAUCGCUGGCGGCGAACAUCUCCCGUCUUGGCGUCACCAACACCGUGGUCUGCAACUACGACGGCCGCUCCUUCCCAACGGUGAUUGGCGGGUUUGACCGCAUCUUGCUUGAUGCGCCGUGCAGUGGAAGUGGUGUCAUCUCAAAGGACGCCUCCGCAAAGAACACAAAGGACGAGACGGACUUCCGGCGGUGCUCGACGCUGCAGAAGGAGCUCAUUCUGGCUGCCAUCGACUCUGUUGAUGCAAACAGCAAGACGGGCGGUUACAUUGUCUACAGUACCUGUUCCAUCAUGGUUGAUGAGAACGAGGAGGUGGUCAACUAUGCCCUCCGCAAGCGCAACGUGAAGCUUGUGGACACAGGCCUUACCUUUGGCCGCCCUGGCUUCAAGAGCUACCGCGGAAAGCACUUUCCAGACACGAUGCAGUUGACGAGGAGGUUUUAUCCUCACGUCCACAACAUGGACGGCUUCUUUGUCGCCAAGCUGAAGAAGCUCUCAAACAAGAUUCCCAGCAAGACGGAUGACGACAAGGCGAAGCAGGAAGAGCAAUCGAAGAAGCAAGGGAAGAAGCAAGGGAAGCAGGGAAAGAAGGAAGAGCAGGGAAAGAAGGGCAAGAAAGAGCAGCAGAAGGCGAGGAAGCAGGACACCGCGAAUGGCAUGGACACGGCUGAGGAUGAUGUGAAGAGCGCGCCAACCAAGAAGGGUGGCAAGAAGAACAAGCAUGGUCAGAACCAGCAACAACAGAAGCAACACCAACAACAAAAGCAGCCCAAGAAACAGCAAAAGAACACACAGCAGCAGGAGGAGGCAAAGGCGACAGAAAAGAAGCAACAACAACAACAACAACAACAGCCCAAGAAGCAAAAGCAGCAGCCGAAGCAACAACAGCGACAAAAGAAGACUCAGGCUUCUGCAGCCAAACCGAGCGCCACCACUGCGCCCAAAACCAAUGCAGUCAAGCAGGAGAAGGCAAAGACAACAGAAACAGCUGCUCCUGCCAGCGCAAAGGCCACGGCCAAGACAACAUCCGCCAAGGCAAAGGCAAAGACUGCCAAGACGCAACAGAAGAGCAGCAAGUCUGAGGAAGCAACCGCGACCGGCAACAGCAGUGCAAGCAGCGCAGCACCAGCAGCGGCAGAGGCAAAGGCGAGCGUGGCGAAGGUUGCAGCCAAGACGAACAAGGGCAAGGCAACGGGAGCCAAGGCGACACUGAUGAAGAAGAUGCUUAAGACGUCGUCUGGCAAGGCGCGGCGUGAUUUGGUGCUCAAGAAGCUGCGGGAGAUGCGCAAGAAGGCCGCGCAGUAACGUCACAUGUAUUUGGUUGUAGGCGUAGUUGAUGGUGGUGCUGAUGAAGAUGGACAUGGAAAUUGGGACGGAAACGGAAUCGCAAAAUACACCCACACACUCACACGCAUGCUCUGGCUUGUUGUGUCUGGCAUGGUUAUCAUUUCCUUGUUGCCAGUCUUGGAGCUGCGCGUGCGUGUUGAUGUACGUAUAUUGAUGUGCAAAGCACUGUGGCAUAAACGAGACCCUUUCAGCCAACGAGCAAGCGAGCAAGGAAUGAAUACAAGAAAAAGC